UCUUUGUAGAUAAUGUAUUUUUGAGAGAAACUACUUUCUGAACGCAUCGUUCUGCGGGUGGCUGUUGAUGCCUUAAGCAGCAUGAAGCAGUUUCUAUUAGCUAAUCUAUACAUGAAAAGUUAAGAUGACCACGUCAGGCUCAGAUUAAAUGAGCUGUUGGAGGUACACAACUAACAGCUCUGUGAGCAGUAAGCAUGCAUCGGCUGGGCCUCGGAGUGUAAGCUGCUCUCGUUGCCAGCUGGCUUGGGGUGGUGGGACCUCAUUGCUCCUGAGCAGUUAACCAAGGAAUUUGCCUACAGGGAAACCUGGGACUGCCUGUAGUGCUGCUAGUCAGGCUCACAUGAUCCAGUGAGCCACACUGCUAUUUCCACAGCAGUCACUUAUGCUGAAAAUAUUUUUGUAAGGAAAUAUGCUAUAAAUGUCACAUGGGGAGGCCUAGUGAAUCUGGAGGGCACCUCAGGAGGUUACUGGUGCCAGUCACCUAACGUGGGUGCACUGAAAUGGUAGAACACAAGUGUGGCACGGCACUGGGCUCUGACCUGCUGUAGUUACCUGGGAGUAAGGGCCCUUCUUGGUCCUGUCCUGGUGUGCAGCAACCAUCAGAGCUGCGGUACUGGGGCUGCUGAUAAACACUGUGACACCUGAAGAGGGCAGGCACUCUGUCCUCUAAGGGCUGGCUGUUAGCAGCGGCUUUGGGUAAGAAAGCUGCUUUGCAUUUUGAGGGAGGAGAGAAAGAGAAGUGAGUAAGAAUUACCAUGGGAGUACUCCUGCCUAGAAAUCAGCUCGAAAAGGUCCAUUUUGUGGAGCGACUAAAAGUGUAAACAAGGCUGAACUCUGCGGCAAUUCUCUUUUGUUUAUAGUCCGAGACCUGCUCAGAGGAGGGGAGCUUUUCUCAUGCGCCCCAGCUGCUCUCGGCGGGGCAGGGCUCCGUGAGAGUCACCUUGUGUACGCAACUCAUCUUGUGUACGCAACUCAUCGCUGUUGCGAGACAGCAGGCUGGAAGUGUUCUGUCUCCGCAGCAGCCAGUUCAGCCUCCUGUCGUGUGGUGCCUGAAGCAGGCCUGAGCAGACACAGUGAAAAGACGGGUGUGUUUGCCAGAAGAUGAACAGCUGCAGCAGGCAGUUCCCAGGUGUGAGACGGGCUGACCUGGCAGGAGCUUGGCACAAGGUGAAGCUGCAGCAGCGCAGAAUGAAUGCUCUGUGCCUUAACGUGGGACAGGGAUCGCUUGUGACGUGCUGCUGGGCAGGCCCCAUCAGUGCGAAACAAUGCAACAUGCUUGUGUGUCUGAAAUGGCCAAACUAUGACAGCAAAAAGGAUGGAGGAGCAGUUGUUGCUUGAACCCUUGGCUGUUGGCUGACCUGAAAGAUUCCUCUGAGUGGAUGGCCCAUUUCAGGCCUUUGACCACAGCAGCAGCUGGUGGCGGUGCUGUUCUCCUGAAACUGUCCUGUAGAAGCCUACCCUUACGCAGCAGCCAGUACAAAAUUUGAAGCAGGACUGCGGCGUUGGGCAGCGAGGACAGGCACUGUGCUCCGGUUCUGCGUCUGCAUCAGGAGCACCAGCAGCACCCCCGGCCUCGCGAGGUCACCGGUGGUACCGCGGUGCUGCAGCGUGCUCCGUGUGUGUCGCUGCGCUCGUCCUGCGGUCGUGCGGGGAAGCACAGCUCAUGCUGCUCCCUUCAAGUCAGCUGACGCAACUACAGGAAAGUGACUUAGCUCUGAAUGUAUUUGGCACCACGGCGCUGACAUGUCUGUUACGCUCGCUACUCAGUACGUGAGCGGCUAGUUCCCCUCGCCUGGUGAGCGUAUUUGUGUCUUCUCCCUGGCAUGCCCGUGGUGCUGUGAGGACUUGCUGCUGGGCAGUUCUGUUUUCGGGGCCCUGGGCUCCUCUGAAGGCUAGCCAUGCAACAGAUUUGACCCCUUGGAUGGGCACAUCAACAGGUGGGCAGUAAGAUGAGCCAUCAUCCUCUGCCCAAAAGUGGGAGGCUACCGGCCCGGGCGGCUCAAUUACAAAGUAUCAUGGCAAAUAGCAUGAGCUGCACCAACCCAAAAUAGCCCGCAGGAGCCUAUAUAACGCGAUGCGCCUGGAGAGCCCUCAGUCCUGGGCCCAGAGCCUGAGGGAGCCGCACGAGGCCAGCGCCGCCCCUGCACGCUGCGAGGGGCACGCACCCGCGACGGGCUCCAGCGGGGGACAGGCUCCAGGAGGGGACAGGCUCCAGCGGGGGACAGGCUCCAGGAGGGCCGGUGGCAGUGCCCGGCUCAGCGCCCACCACCCUCCACUGGUGAAACGGGACCAAGAGGCAGAAGAGGAGAGAGCAGUGCUUCGAGGCCGGCGAGUGCUGAGCUCUGACCAACCUGGCUGUUCCCCACAUGCCUCUGCCCCCUUCUUCCUCGGCAGCGUCCUAAGGCUGCGCUCAGCAUGAAGGACUGUUUCCCCGUCUCAAUGCCCCGGUACAGUCGGUAUUCCCAGAGACUGAGAGCAUCGCGCACCGUGCGCUUCCCCAAUGACGUCGUCUUUCAGGACCACAUCAGGCAGGGGGACCUGGAGCAGGUGGGCAGGUUCAUACGUGCCAGGAAGGUCGCUCUGGACACCAUCUACCCGUCUGGCAUGGCAGCCCUCCACGAGGCUGUGCUUACCGGGAACUUGGACUGCGUCAAGCUCCUCGUUAAGUACGGCGCCGACAUCCACCAGAAGGACGAGAACGGGUGGACGCCCCUGCACAUGGCCUGCAGCGACGGCUACGCUGACAUAGCCCGGUACCUCAUGUCCCUGGGGGCCAGCCCCGAGGCCACCACGGACGCCGGGGAGAAGCCCUCGGACCUCAUCGACCCCGAGUACAGCGAGCUGCUGCAGCUCUUCCAGGCCGCCACCAUGGACUGAGGCGGGGAGCACGGCCGGGCAGCGGGGCUGCGGCCGGCCGGGGGCCGGGGCGGGGCCCGGGCUGGGCCCGGGCCGGGGCCGGGGGCCGGGGUGC